AUGGUCCUGAUGGAAGGUAGGCUUAAGAUCACUGAGCUUAUGCUGCUGCUGCUGCUGCUGCUGAUUGGUUGCUCUGCUUCUCAGAUCCAAGCUUCUUCUGAAAACGAACCCGAUGCGAUCUUCUACGAGCCAUUUUCUGAGUCAUUUGAAGGUCGCUGGAUCGUUUCUUCCAAGGAUGAGUACAAAGGUGUCUGGAAACUUUCCAAGAGUGAGGGACAUGAUGAUUAUGGUCUUUUGGUCAGUGAGAAGGCGAGGAAGUAUGCUGUAGUGAAAGACCUGGGUAAGGCUGUGAGCCUUAAGGAUGGAACCAUUGUCCUGCAGUUUGAGGUUAGGUUCCAGAAUGGGCUUGAAUGUGGCGGUGCUUACUUGAAAUACCUCCGGCCCCAGGAGGCUGGAUGGAAACCAGAGGAAUUUGACAACGAUUCUCCCUACUCCAUUAUGUUUGGACCUGACAAAUGUGGCUCCACAAACAAGGUUCAUUUCAUCUUUAAGCACAAGAACCCCAAGAGUGGAGAGUAUGUUGAGCACCAUCUCAAGGACCCUCCAUCUGUGCCCUCUGACAAACUCUCUCAUGUCUACACUGCAAUACUGAAACCUAACAACGAAGUUAGAAUUUUAAUAGAUGGGGAGGAGAAGAAGAAGGCAAAUUUCCUUUCAGCUAAAGAUUUCGAGCCUGCCUUAAUUCCAGCCAAGACAAUUCCUGACCCAGAUGAUAAGAAGCCAGAGGACUGGGAUGAGCGGGCAAAGAUUCCAGAUCCACAUGCUGUGAAGCCAGAUGAUUGGGAUGAGGAUGCGCCAAUGGAAAUCGAAGAUGAGGAUGCUGUAAAACCUGAAGGGUGGUUGGAUGAUGAGCCUGAAGAGAUUGAUGACCCUGAAGCUACAAAGCCAGAAGAUUGGGACGAUGAAGAGGAUGGUGUAUGGGAACCAACAAAAACAGAUAACCCCAAGUGUUCGUUGGCACCUGGUUGUGGAGAAUGGAAGAAGCCAAUGAAGAUAAAUCCUGCUUAUAAAGGAAAAUGGAGCCGUCCUCUUAUUGACAACCCCAGUUACAAGGGUAUUUGGAAACCUCAAGAAAUUCCAAACCCUAGCUACUUUGAGACUGAGAAGCCUGACUUUGAGGCCAUCGCUGCUAUUGGCAUUGAGAUCUGGACAAUGCAGGAUGGCAUAUUGUUUGACAAUAUUCUCAUAGCUGAUGAUGAGAAGGUUGCUGAAUCUUAUAGGCUAACAACAUGGAAGCCGAAGUUUGAAAAUGAGAAAGAGAAACAGAAGGCUGAGGAAGAAGCUGCUGGUCUUUCAGACGGACUCUCAGGCUACCAGAAGAAAAUAUUUGACCUUCUCUACAAAAUAGCGGACAUUCCUUUCUUGGAUGCAUACAAACCCAAGAUCAUUGACCUAAUUGAGAAGGGAGAAAAACAGCCGAAUAUUACAAUUGGUAUCAUUGUGUCUAUCGUGGUUGUUCUUUUGACAGUUGUCUUUAAAAUCCUUUUUGGUGGCAAAAAACCCAAGGUCACUGUUCCUGAAACAGAUAGGCCUGCAGCUGCAGAGACUUCCAACACUCAAGGAAGCAGUGAGGAGAAGGAAGAUGAGAGUGAGAAGGAAGAUGCCGCUGCUCCUCCCCGCAGGCGGCCUACCAGAAGGGAAACUUAA